GGACGAGACGCCGGUGGUAUAUUGCAAUGAUACGCAGGCCUUAGACAACACGAAUCCUUGAAACAUUCACCCCUGUUACAAAGCAGAAGUCCCCAUUAUAUCAGUCGCUGCAGGAAUUCCGUACUCGGCAACAUGCGCCUCUCAAGUUCUACUAUACUUGUGCUACCUCUGCCCCUCCUCGGCUGUUUGGCUUUCCCUGCAGGAUCUGGGCAGAAUCUCCUUGAGAGCGAGCGCCGAGAAUCUCUUUCGAGGGUCGAUAGGCCACCCUUUGUAGCAACACGUGCGAUUUCGCCAAGCAUCGCAAACAAUUACCUUCCGGUUAUCAAGAGAGGCGAGGAGGUGCCCCAUCUCGAAGGCCGACCUGUGGUUAAGAGAGGCGAAGAGGUUGCCCACGUCGGAGGUGGACCAAUCGAUAAACGCAGUCCAUCCAUCUGGCAUGUGCACUAGAUUAUUCCCCCCGGAGAGAUCGCUGGAGAUUAUUAAGCCAAGGCUGGUCAUCAUGAUGCGCUGGACAAAUUGCGCCGCCAUUCUCUCGAACAUCAG